AUGGCGGGCCCGUACUUAUCGCCUCUCGGGCCCCAGGCCGACCUGCUCACCGAGUACAUGUUCGGUCGUCGUCGUCAGAGACGCAAUCGGACGACGUUCACGCCGCAGCAACUUCAGGAACUGGAAUCCCUCUUCCAGAAGACGCAUUAUCCCGACGUUUUCCUCAGAGAGGAAGUCGCGCUACGGAUAUCGCUCUCGGAAGCACGUGUACAGGUAUGGUUUCAAAACAGACGGGCAAAGUGGAGAAAGCAAGCUCGGUUACAAUUGCUGCAGGACGCGUGGAGAAUGCGAUGCUUGGGUUUAGGGAGCGCCACUCCGCUGCUGCUCGGCCGGCCGCCCCCUGUCAGCCCCGGCGGCCUCGAGAGAACUGCCGUGGACGCCUCCUCGACCUCGCCGUCCUCCUCGUCGGGAGGGAACCUCGCGGGCUCGCCGACAUCGAGCGACAAAUUAACCGAGACCGGCGGUCCUAUGCCGCCCGCGGUCUGCAGGGACUUCAGGAUCCUGCCGCCGCCGCCGCCAGGAUACUCGGUACCUUGUGACAAGUCGCCCGACCGGAUGAAGUGCCGUUGCGCCACGCCGCCGAGGAUCUGCGCGAGUCCUGUGGAUCGGAGCGACGUCCUGGCGGCGAGGGAACGGCCGCAGGAGGCUGAGAUGGACCUCACCCUGAAGGGACACCAUCACGCCUCCACUAGGCAUCCGCCGGUCACGACGCUCUUUCAUCAUCUCGGGUCGAGCAACCCUCAGCAGCAACAGGACGUCGCAGCGAGCAUGGACGAGCCUCUGGACGUCACCCUCAACAGCAAGAACAACUGA